GUCAGUUGUGUCAGGAUUCCUUCCCUGGAGGUGAAGAAGUGCAGAAGUGUGUGCUUGCCGGAGAGCUCGGACUUCAAUUUUGAAACCAGCUGUUUCCGUGCCUCGUCUUAGUCUGGAGCUUUGGGCUUUCAAUUUGGAUAAUCUGGCGCUAUGCAUCCAGCCCCCGGGCGCUUCCAGGCACUGCUCCUCAUCGCUGCCACCAGCCUUGUCACUGUCACCAGCACAGAUUUAACUCCCCGUUUUAUUUCUGAGCCCUCGUCUACUGUCCAGAAGUCUGGAGAGCCCGUCCAACUCCGCUGCUCUGCCGAGCCCUCCUCAGCUCACAUUUCUUGGCUGUUUAAUGGGGAGCCUCUGGACAGCAGGGUGGGAGAGGUGGAAAUCCAGUCAGGAUCUUUGACAAUCGUGUCCCUGAGCCCGGAGAUGUGUGGGCAUUACCAGUGCCUGGCGAGCAGCGCCGUGGGCGCCGUGCUGAGCCGGCCAGCCACGGUGUCCAUGGGCAGUUUAGCUGACUUCGAUGCUCUGGGGGCAGCUGCUGUUGCAGCAGAGGAAGGAGGCACAGCUCUCAUCAGGUGCAAGGUGCCAGAAAGUCACCCCAAAGCACAGGUUCGCUUCCAAGUGCGGGGGAAAUGGCUGGAACAAUCAACAGACAACUACCUAAUUCUUCCCUCUGGAAACCUGCACAUUUUGAAUGUAUCUUUAGAAGACAAAGGUUCCUACAAGUGUGCAGUGUACAACCCAGUUACUCACGACCUCAGAGUAGAACUCACUGGACAGAAGCUCAGAGUCACACGCCCUUCUUCAGGGGGCUCCCACAUCCUCCACCCUCUGGCUCCCCAGAGCCUGGCAGUGCCCCAGCACAGCGCCCUGACCCUGGAGUGUGUGGUCAGUGGGUCAGGGUCAGCCCCCAUCCGCUGGCUGAAGGAGGGCAGGGAUGCUCUGAGGACAGGCAGGUGGAAGUUGCUGCACUCUCACCUGGUGACGGACCGGCUCGAGCCAUCGGAUGCUGGAAAUUACUCCUGCCUGGUGGGAAGUGACUCUGGAACAGUGAAAUAUGUUAACUAUUCGCUUGCUGUACUUGAACCUGCCUCACUCUCCAGGGGACUGCAGGACGAAACCGUGGCCGCCGGGGCGAGCGUCCAUCUGUGGUGCGACGUUGGUGGCAGCCCCGCUCCCAGCCUCACCUGGCUCCACAAUGCUGCUCCUCUCCAGCCCUCCCCACGACAUUUCCCCACAGGAAACCACCUGCACAUCUGUGGGGUCACCCUGGAGGACUCUGGCUUGUACCAGUGUGUGGCAAACAAUGGGAUUGGGUUUGUGCAGUCCACGGGGAGACUCCGUGUCCAGCCAGGCAAAGACUCUGUUCCCAUCAUCAUCUCUUCCCCAGCCAACACCACUGUGGUGGCUGGUGGAGAUGUGACCCUGUCCUGCAACGCCAGCGGCCUGCCCGCUCCUCUGAUCCGCUGGUACGACAGCAGAGGCCUCGAGAUCAGCCCCCCCAGCCAGGGGCUGCACCCCAGAGCACAGAGCCCUCCCCAGGCAGGGCCAGGGCCCUGGUGCCCCUCGGUGCCCCGGCUGGGCUGGGGCUCCCUGCGGCUGCAGAACGUCACCCCCGAGCGCGCCGGCGAGUUCCGCUGCGAGGCCAGCAACCAGCACGGCUCUGCCCUGUCCACUGCCUUCCUCACAGUCGUUCCUUCAGCAGCUGGCACGAGAGCAGGAGAAACAGCUCGCCUGGAGCUGGCCCAGAGCGACGAGAGCGGCGGCGAUGGUGCUGCAGAAAUGGCGUUUCCAAGCUCGCCUCCAACGAAAUCCCCGCUGGAUGCAGCGGCCAUGGACAAAGCGCCGAGCGCGGCCGCCCCGCCCGAGGCCCCCAUCAUCCUGAGCCCCCCGCAGACGCCCAAGCCCGACACCUACAGCCUGGUGUGGCGGCCGGGCCGCGCCGGGGGCCUGCCCCCCCCCGAUGUGGGGUGUGAUAUGGGCUGUGAUGUGGGGUGCGAUGAGGGGUGUGAUGUGGGCUGUGAUCACUCCCUGUUCCAAGCUGCCAUGUCUCUCUCCCGUGUGCAGCUGGAGGACGGCGUGAGCGCGGCGGGCGGCUGGCACACGGUGCGGGUGCCGGGCAGUGAGAACGAGCUGCGCCUCACCGAGCUGGAGCCCUCCAGCCUCUAUGAAGUGCUGAUGGUGGCCAGGAGCGCAGCUGGCGAGGGCCAGCCGGCCAUGCUGACCUUCCGCACCAGCAAGGAAAGAACAUCAUCCUCAAAAAACACGCAGGCUCCGUCUCCACCCGUAGGAAUCCCCAAACAUCCCAUUGUUCCUGAAGGCACAAAUAAUUUCGGUGUCGUCCUUCCGGACCUGUCUCGCCACAGUGGAGUUCCAGAAGCUCCUGACCGACCCACGAUAUCCACGGCAUCGGAAUCGUCCGUCUACGUCACGUGGAUCCCCCGUGCCAACGGGGGCUCCCCCAUCACUGCCUUCAAAGUGGAGUACAAACGGCUGGGUCGCAACAGCGACUGGCUCGUGGCAGCUGGCAACAUCUCUCCCUCCAAGCUGUCUGUGGAAGUUCGGAACUUGGAGCCAGGAGAGAUGUACAGGUUCCGGGUGAUGGCGGUGAACGCGUACGGCGAGAGCCCGCGCAGCGCGGCGUCGCGCCCCUACCAGGUGGCCGGCUUCAGCGGCCGCUUCUCCAGCCGGCCCAUCGCCGGCCCGCACAUCGCCUACACCGAGGCCGUCAGCGACACCCAGAUCAUGCUCAAGUGGACGUACAUCACAUCGAGCAACAACAACACGCCCAUCCAGGGAUUUUACAUCUAUUACCGGCCCACGGACAGCGACAACGACAGCGACUACAAGCGCGAUAUCGUGGACGGUACAAAGCAGUGGCACCUGAUAAAUCACCUGCAGCCUGAGACCUCUUAUGACAUUAAGAUGCAGUGCUACAACGAGGGAGGGGAGAGCGAGUACAGCAACGUGAUGAUCUGCGAGACCAAAGUGAAACGAACGCCGGGAGCGUCUGAAUAUCCAGUGAGAGACCUGAGCACGCCCCCCAACCCCCCCGAGAGGGCGGGGGGCGGCGGGGCCGUGCCCGCCAGCGGCCCCGUGCGCAGCAGCGACAUGCUCUACCUGAUCGUGGGCUGCGUCCUGGGCGUCAUGGUCCUCAUCCUCAUCGUCUUCAUCGCCAUGUGCCUCUGGAAGAACCGGCAGCAGAACGCCAUGCAGAAAUAUGACCCUCCUGGCUACCUGUACCAAGGGGCAGAUAUCAACGGGCAGAUGAUUGAGUACACAACCUUACCCGGGACGAGCCGAGUCAACGGCAGCAUCCACGGAAACUUCCUCGGCAACGGCCUCAGCAACGGCUGUCCCCACGUCCACCACAAAGUUGGCAAUGGGGUCAAUGGGAUCAUGAGUGGAGGAGGAGCAGGACUGUACCCAGGGCACGCCAACUCCCUGUCCAGGACACGCGUGGACUAUGAACAUCCCCAUCACCUCGUGAACGGUGGUGGGCUGUACACGGCAGUGCCCCAGGCUGACCCCUCGGAGUGCAUCAGCUGUCGGAAUUGUCGGAACAAUAACAGGUGUUUCACCAAAACCAACGGCACUUUUGGCAGCGGCGCUCUGCCCGUGGUGCCCCUGGGAGCCCCUUUCCAGCAGGAUGGUGUGGAGAUGAAGCCCCUGAGCCCCCAGGUGAUGGUGGCCAUGUGCCUGGCCUCGGCCAGCCCCGAGUGCAGCGCCCGGCUGCAGCAGGACAGGGAGAGCGCGGAGCAGCGCCCGGCGCAGCACCCCUGCUGUCGGGAGGGCAUCAGCCAGCUCUCUGUGGACUGCAUGGACGGCGGCAGCUGCGUGCACUCGGAAACAUCGAACCACAUUUUGAGUUGGAGUCCCCUCAUUCUUCAGCCUGUUUCCAAGGACUGUAAGGAAAAACCAGGAUGGAGUUCAUCCAGAAUCACCCUAAAUGGUUCUGGGGACCUUUGUCAGCUCCAGCUGCGGGAAACCUGAGGCAGUGACCGUUGUCCCCACUUAAAGCCAGGAACUGCACCGCAGCGUCGCUGAAAGGGAGUCACGGGGGGAUGUUAAUUAUAACAGAGAGAGUCACUAUUUAUUUUUUGUAGUAGUGUCAUAUGAAUGUAUCUUGGUUUCAAAAUGGUUGCCUUUUUAUAUUAUUUAUGCCUUGAAAUCCCUUUUUUGUUGGUUUGUUUUGUUUUUUUUCUUCCCCCACACACACCACAAAACUAGCCUGGUUAUGUGUAUAAAAAAAGAAUUGUAAUAAUAUAAAGAAUGAGGAUGGGAAAUGUGGAGUGUGUUUCCGUGGCAAUUUACCAGCACUUCUGGGGAGCCCCAGAGAGGGAUUUAAGCAGGUCUGAAAUGACCAACAGCUGCACCUCCCUGGCAGCUCAGUGACAUGGUACUUGAACCCUUCUUUCCACGAACACCUCCUGGCCUCUUUUGGUUGCUUGGGGAAGAUCCCAAUGAAGAAAUAAGAUUAAUAAGAACAAUGAGCCUCAGUUGAGUCUGUCCUGUGCAGCUUGAAGCAGAACUUGAGUCAGUGACUGUGUCUUUUAGGUGCUCAAUAACCCUUCUGCAGAAGUACAGGUGGAAAUCCAGCCUGUCUCAUUUUCCCACUUGCAGAAGACAAAAUUCAGUUCAACUCUUGGUUUGAGUGAUUGCUAACAGCGUGGAUAGCUCUGAAAGGAAACCAGUCACGGUGAAGCAGCUCCCACCAGCCCUGGGCAUGGCUGUGAGGAACCCACCCAUCCUGGACACAGCAACCAGUGUUUGCAAAGCACUCCCUCCCCCUACACAAGUCACGGUGCCAAUGAAGCACAAUUUACAGUGAUGGUCACCCCGAGGUGACACGUACAGCCCAGAGCAGCGUGGCCCUGGCCAUCUGGGAAGGGAGGGAGCUGGGCCAGCCUGGCUGCAGCUGCUCCAGAGCCCUGGGGAGCUCAGGGCUACUGCUGCAGCUUUGCCAGCCACAGGGUCUGGGGAGUGAUGUCUGUGUGAGCAGGGAGCCCUUGAGAUCCACUUCUGUGGGCUGCUCCAAGUGUUGGGAUGGGUUUUU